UAUCCUUCAACAGAUUCUACCGUGGAAAAGGAGUUGAGUGUGGACAAGUUAGAGAUCUCAAGAAGAUUGACACUACCGCGCGAAGAAGGGAACCAGAGCAAGAUUUUAGAAAGACUUGAUUCUGAUGCACAGAAGUUGACCAACCUUCAAAUCACCACACAAGAUUUGAUGAAGAAGAUAGAAAUUAAUGAGAAGAACGCAAAGGGAAAAGGUGGUGAGUGUGAUGAGGUGAAAAGGCAGCUUCAAGCAGCUCAGGAUACCAUCACAAAGUUGCUUGAUGUCAACCGCAAGUUGAUGAAGAAUGUGGAAGAGGGUUCCUUGUCUUCUGUUGGGAAGGGUGAAGCAGAGUCAGAUGGAAGUGGAAGUGUCAGCAGAAGUAGAGUU